AUGCCUUUUCGAUUCACCCCACUGCUCCGCCAGAGGCUCUUCACCACAUCUACGCGCGCCCGCAAUGCUAUUGCCAUUGGUGAUGUUGCCACUGAGGAACUAGCGGCGGCCACCAAGGCUGUUCCCAAGCUGGGAAGAAUCGCCAAAUGGUAUCUCCCUUCGAUGGCCAUCGCCGCCGUGGGCAUGAUGUACAUCCCAGCCAGCCUAUACGUUCCUCGCGCGGAGCCAAAGCCCCGCUCCGUCACCCUUGACGCUGCCAACCGUCACAUUGGUUACAGCAUCACCACUGCUCUCAACGAGUCCAACCGCGCUGUCCACGUGCCCGUCGAGCUUACUCAGGAGCAAAAGAACCAAGCACUCAUGGACCUGUAUGGCGAGCGAUCCAGCCUGGAGGACAUGGAGCGGGCCAUUGCCGGUAUGGAGACACGAGCGACAAGCCAAAAGGACAGGAAUGCAGCACUCGAGGCAGCCUAUGGCGACAGGAGCAGCCUCAAGGACCUCGAGAGGGCCAUGCAGAUCUACGAAGUCCAGUGA